AGGAAAGGAACAAAAUUCAAAGGAAUAAUGGGUCAAAAGGAAUACCUUUCUUUCUAGAAACCCCCAAAUUAAAUUCCACGCAAGAGAAAAAAAAGCCCUAGAAUUCAAACCUCCCAACCAAAUUCCCCAAUUACGCAAACAAAUUCAUUUCGUUCAAUUCGAGAAGAAAUAUAAAGAAAUCUAAAAAUUGGCGAUCUUCAUCGAUCGCUUUUGAAGGUCGGCCGAAAAAAUGCAGUUGUUCUCCUGCAAACCGCCGUCAAUUUUCAUCCUCGCCGUUCUUCUGACCACCCUCCUCCCGGCCACCGUCCGAUCCGAUCCCAAUUUCCUCAAACUGCCGUCCGAUUACGAAAACGACGUCUGCCCGUUGAAUUCCGACGCCGACACCUGCCCCGUCAAAUGCUUCCGUACGGACCCCGUCUGCGGCGUCGACGGCGUCACCUACUGGUGCGGCUGCGCCGAAGCCCACUGCGCUGGGGCCCGCGUCAAGAAAUUCGGGUUCUGUGAGGUCGGCAACGGCGGGCCCGCGGGCCAGGCCCUUUUGUUGGUGCACAUCGUUUGGUUGAUCCUCCUUGGGGUAUUUGUUUUGUUUGGUCUUCUUUGAAUUUGAUUUGAUUUUUUUUAUUUUUUUUAAAUUUCAUUUUCUUCUGUUCUAAUUGGGGCUAUUAUUUCAUGUACCUAUGAGGGAAAAUUUACUUUGAUUUUUGAUCCAGAUUCUUUUCUGUACAAGUAAUCUUUUUCGGUUCAUUAGAAGCAGUUUCGACAUUCUUUUUUCAUUAACGAAAGAACCCGUAGACAUCGUUUCGAUAUUUGUACAUCAAAUAUGUGUUGAUUAGUGAAUUACGAAGAAGGUUGAUUGAUUA